AUGACCCGUAGAUCUAACAUUAGGUUCUUGGUUGGGGCGAAUCAAGCUCAUGCCCAGAGUCGAGACCAGCCGCCUGAGCGGUCUUCAGAGAUGGGCGAGGACGAAGAGAGAAGAAAGAGAAAGAUGAGCAAUUCCACCACCACCAACUUAGUUGACGACCUUGGACCAAGCGGAAGCAUCACCCACGGAGCUUCAGGGCGUCGUCGGGGAAGUUGUAACGGUGGUAGAGGUGUGGGAGGGCACCAGAAACGGCAUCAGGAGUGGCUCGAUAAGUUUGGAGAGGAAAAGCGGAUGGAACGCCAAGAAGAGGAGGCUAAGGCGCAGCGUCGUGAAGCAGCCCGCCGACGCACGCGCGAUGUUCUGCUCGAGAGGGCAAAGCAACGCCUCCUGGCCGUCGCCGCUGCCGCUGCCGGUGUUUCUGGCGCUGGUUCAUCCGCGACCACCGGCCAUGACUUAUCAGCAGACGAAGGUGGUGACGGCGUGAAAAUCUCAGCAGCGGCAAGGGAGGCAUCGCACCAAGCUCGGGGUGGGGCGGGGCAAGGUGUCCCGACGCCGACGGCAUCAUGCGAGGGGGGGGCAGGGGUAGCGGUAGCAGCGGCGGCGGCAAUGACGAUGGCCGCCAUGUCGGCGGGGGUUCCGCUUUAUGCCCAGGAGACCUGGGCGGUCCGACACGGCAAGGUGGAGCGAAAAGGGAACAAGGACGACGUCACGCCCGAAGAAAGAAAGAAGCUCGAAAAGGAGGAUCGGCUUCUUCACGAGCGCAAGGAAGCCGAAAAGCGGUGUAACGUAAAGAUGUGGGCGGAACGAAGGCUCCAGAAGAAAGCUGCCGGCGGUGGCGAUACUGAACACCUGUCUUCGGCAGCAGUAACAACAGCAGCCGGUCACAACAAGUCGGUGGGCGGCCGCGGCAGUAGCGAGGGCGGCGACGGGGCCAGAGAAGGGGUAUACGGGGAGGGAGCAGGGGCGGCAGCUACCGAAGGCGUUGCCGGAAGUGGAUUGAACGCGAUACGAAGCGCUCACUCGCGGAGGCUCGGCCAAAAGGGACCGCACGACGUGGUGAAGACGCGAGGGGCAAGGGGGACAAAAGGCGGGUUGCUUCUGGCGCUCGUUUCCGUGAGGGGUUGUCGUGUGAUGUACCUGUGUAUUGUCUUCGUCGGCAUGGAUCAUUUCGCCAUGUGCGAGAAUCAAGAAGGCGAAGGAGGAGACGCGCAAGCCUCAACCACCAUGACUGGCUCAAGCGCUGAGGAGCUUGAAAAGACAGCGAGGGCGGUGGAGGGUUUGGACAAGGAAGAGAGACGGCGGCGUUUCUUUGAGGUGAAAUUGGCCAGGGAGAAGGCGCAGCGGCACCUGGAGAGCCUCGUAAAGAAAAAGAAGGAGAAGGAGGACGAGGAAGAAAAGAAUGGCAACGGCAACACCGCCAGGGUGGCGGAGCCACCGAGGUUGACGGACGAGGAGCUACAGGCGAGCGUGGAGCGCCUAACUCAGCAGCGCAAGGGCGGAGGCGUGAUCACAGCGAGCGCCCGCGACUUCAACGACUGGAAGCGGAAGCACAAGGUUGCCCCCGAAACUAAGGUGUUCGUGAUGACGGGAUGGUACCCAUGCGUAAAGAAGGCCUUGAUCGAGAGGGGAUGGACGCAGAACCAUGACCGAGACUCUCCGUUCUUCGACCUCAAGUGGACCCUGCAUAGCCAGGACAUCCGCACCACGGACAUAGAGCCGUGGCAGCUGUGCAACCACUUUUUCAAGAACGUGGCCAUCACGACCAAGGCGGGCCUGCUCGGAAACCUUCGCAACCUCAAGUGGUUCGCUGACUGCGACUGCAGCGAGAUCCUGCCGAGGGGCUACGACCUCUCCAUCGACACCGAUGUGCUGGCGUUUCUGGACGACUACUGUGCCACGGCCGCCGAGUCUCUCCUGAAGCACGUUUUCCUCAGGGCAAAGGGCCGCGUUGCGCUACGGCGUCUCGGCUACUCUACUAUCGGUUGUCAAAAAGCGGAGACCAAAUCAUCCCCCCCGCUGGGCGGCGAUGGGGGCAUGGGUAGCAACGAAAAUGGCGUUUACGACGACGAAGACGACCCGUUCGACGACAGCAGCGUCGACGACGAAAAAGAAGGAGAAGAAACGGUCCCCAAGCCACCGCCACGAUCGGGAUCGUCGGCCUCUACGGUCUCGCCCAAGACAGCUACGCCGACAGUCGUGUCCACGACCGGUGCAACAGCUCCGCCGUCGGUUUCAUCCGUCGAUGAACGCGUGACCACUCGAAAUGCCGCCGCCGACCCGGGCGGUGCCAUGACAACACCGCCAGAAUCAGCACGAGGAGCAAAACCAUUAGCCGUAGCAGAGGGUGCUGUUUCACCCACGAAUGAUGGUGUGGUGGGAGGUGCGCAGACGGAAUCACGAGCGGCGUGCGAGCAGACGGCCGAUCUCGAUCCUGUCUCUGCUGCUGGUUCUAUUGUUGCUGCUAAUGCUGCAACGCCUGCUGCGGCUCCGAGCAAGCCGGUUGCGGUUGAACCGGUCGGAACAGCAGGGGUAGGAACGCCGAUGACAGCACCGCCACCAUCAACCCAAACAGGACUAUCAUCGCUAGUACCCGAAGAUUCGGAGCAGGGCCUUCGAAAACAGCAUCAACAGCCUUCCGUGCCCGUCCCACCCCCCGCGGUGACGACGACGACGACGACAGGAUCAUUGUCAUCGUCGAUGAUAGGAAAAGAAGCCGGACGAGAGGAUGAUGCUUCGACCGAUCAGAAAGGCCGGGCUGCUCAGGGGACAGACGGUACUAUCGGGAAGGGCGACGGAGGUGACGGUGGCGGUGGCGCGAAGUUGCGAAGACAGAUGCCGCCGGUAUCCGCUCGAAGGGCGGGAAACCACUGCGAGCGACGAUUGGACGUGUUUGCCAUCGAGCAGGCUCGCGUAGGAGAAGGAGAAGGCGGGUUGGACUCCGGGGGACCAGCCGAGGCCCUGUGCAGCGAGCUAGAGUGGGAGCUGAUUGGGCUUGGCACAGGAGGGGGGGCGCCGCACCCGGAUAUGCCGGGGCUGUACAGGCCGCAUUCCCUCCCUUCCAGACCUGCAACUCCACUAGAGGCUUUCAUCCAGACUCAGGCCGAGAAAGAAGCGGCCAAGUCUCGAGGUCGGGGUAUCGAGUGUUUUACGGAGUUGGAUAGGCUUCUGAGCUACACGGAAUCCAACCAGCCCCAGGCCGUGUCCCAGUGGGUGGUACACAAGUACAUUGAGGCAGUGAAUGCUCGUGUCAUUUGCGGUUCUACCACGCGGACGGUUCUUGCGUGUCCCUUCCGUGUUGCGUUGUCUUGGUCGCAGAACCCCUUGAUCAUCGCGCGGCGCAAGUUCGACAUGAGGCAGUGGGUGCUGGUAACAGACUGGAAUCCUCUGACGGUGUGGUUCUACGACCGCUGCUACGUUCGCUUUGGGGUCGAGGAGGUGUCGGUUACCGACAACGGGAUUGAGGUGCACGAGCACAUGUGGUCAAACGAGGUGUUCACGGCUUACGUGGACGAGGUGGCAGGGGAGGGCUGCUGGAGGAAGAGGAUGCAGCCAAGGAUGGAACAGAUUGUCACGUGGAGCCUGCUCUGCGCCCAAGACUUGGUGGAACACCGCAAGAAAUCUUGGGAGCUCUACGGCUACGAUUUCAUGGUAGACGAUCAAUACAAGCCGUGGCUGAUAGAGAUUAACUCCAGCCCUGCCUGCGACUACAGCACCAAGGUAACCGAGCAGUACGUGCAGGCCGCCCUGACGGACCUCCUCAAGGUCACCAUAGACCUGCCCGCGUGGGAGGCAAACCAAAGGAACAAGAAUAGGAGCAGAGGGUCGCAGCCGCAAGCCUCGUCCGCUCCUUCGGCAUCGGACUCGCAGACUCAGGACCAACAGCAGCAGCAACCACGAGGGGAUGCGGUUGCAGUUGCGACAAAAAUUGUCGCGGCCGACAGCGCAGCGGCGGCCGCCGAGAAGGAGAGGCACGAGGCCCCGACUUCCGUCGGCGGCACGACGUCAUCGGCAUCGGCAACACCGGCACCUGAAACCGACAGAGCAGUGAAGGCUUCGGUAACACCGGGUGGCGACAGCUGCGGGAGUAACCGGGAAGAAAAUACCACUUCCGCAGGUUUGGGUGCGGAGGGUGACCCCGUUGCUGCUGAAAGGGAGGACGGGCGGGUGCAGGGGCGGAAAGGAGCCGCGGAAGGGAGAGGGGAUACCCCACCCGACACCGGGCUGUGGAGGCUUUUGUACAAGGGGAGCUUUGUUCCCUUCCCCGUCGCGUCGUUUGGAACGGACCUCGCGCUCAAGGGAACUCGCAUCGCACAUGGCAAGCGCACGCGAUCAUCGCCCCGUGCCGUGAAGCUGUAA